AUGGUAAAUCACACAACCGCCAUAGCUGUGGCCAUCGUGUAUUCACUAGUCUUGUGCGGCGUGGUACACUACCUUGUGAAUGCAGAACAGCCGAAAGCCUAUAUGGAUGAGAUAUUUCAUGAGGAACAAACACUCACUUAUCUCGGUGGCCACUGGUACUACUGGAAUCCCAAGAUAACCACUCCACCGGGUCUGUAUGUAAUCACGACUCUGAUCUGGCAGGUUCUUUCUCUACCCCCAUCAGUAGUGUAUUUUCGCUUCCUUAACUGUGUCAUUGCUGGUGUUAACCUUCUUCUCCUUGCUGAACUCACUCAGAGCACCCUUGCUGCUCUUGCGAUAUCCACUUUGCCUGUAUUAUCAUUUACAGCGCUCUUGUUUUACACCGAUCAGCUAUCACUUUGUGCGCUUCUGGUCACGCUUUUGGCUCAGCGUUCUUCCAAGCCGUGGUUGGCAUUCCUAUCUGGUGGUUUCGCGUGUUUUGUGCGCCAGACAAACAUCAUCUGGUUAGGAUUCAUGAUUGGUGAAAGAGCAGUGAGCCGGUUAGCUCCAACGGAGGCAGGCCGAAGAGAUCCCCUUGCUUGGUGUUGCUACCUUCUAAGACACCCUCGGUUACUUUUUAAUGCUUUGUUCCGAGCUGCAUUCUGUGAUGCACCUCACUACACUGCAUUGUGUUUUAUGUUCGUGACCUUUGUGGUCCUCUUCAAUGAUGGCGACAUUGUCCUCGGUGAUCGUAGCGCUCACCGGCCAGUGCUUCAUAUACCCCAGCUAUUUUACUUUUUCGUGUUCUGCGCACUGAGCACGCCGUGCUCGUUCCUUCGCUACCUGUCGACACUUCGAAUCCCGCAGCGCCUACCUACUUUAUGUAUCCACUUGAUUUUGCUAUUGAUUGCACUGGCUGUGCGUUACUUCACAUUUGAACAUUCCUACUUACUGGCUGACAACCGUCACUACACGUUCUACAUGUGGUCCCGUCUCUUUCGUCGAUAUCAUUCGUUCCGCUACCUGGUCGUCCCAUUCUACCUUUUGACCGGAAGCUAUGUGUGCUGGGGUUUCGGAGUGAGACGCCGAUUGGACGAGUUUUUAAUCACACUAGGCUUUCUUAUCUGCGCGUCCGCAGCACUGGUUCCCGCGGAACUGAUUGAGCCGCGCUACUUCGUUACCCCAUACGUUGUCUGGAGAUUAGUUAACAUCCCAGAAGACAAUCGGAAGCACCACCUAGUCGACAUUCUUCUCAAUAUUUUAAUCAAUGUCAUCACUGUCUAUGUGUUUAUUUUCCUCCCAUUUCGUUGGUUAUCGCAGCCGUUGACUUGGCAGCGUUUCAUGUGGUGA